AUGGUCCCUGAAGGUUCAUGUGAGGAACUUGACAAGAGAAAUGCUGAAAGUCACAAUGUUACCAUUGUUGAAGCAAAAAAGCUACAUGGAUUCCAAAAUCCUAAUGACUGGCUGUACUUCUUACCAAAAGGCCUAACUACAGACAUUGUCAUUGGUGUGGGUGAGAGACUUUGCAAAAUGGCGCAAAUAUUUAAGGAACUUCACCACUGCAAAAGUAUUUUUGUUGGUUGUGAUUCUUUUGAAGAAAGCUUCUCUAGAGAUGCAGAAUUAAGAGAUGCCCAGGCUAAGAUGGAAGAUGAAUGCCUAGGAAAAAGCAAUGUUCAGCCUAUGAUGCAAAUGGCUGAUCUUCCAGUUGCUGUUGGACCAAAGAUAGCUGACACACUUUCUGUUUCCCUCUCUCGUCAAGGAAAAGAAGUUUUCAAGUUGACUCCAGGUAUACUCAGUGAAUUUGCUGAUGUCACACAAACCCUUUGUGAUAGGGAAAAGUUUCGUAUCCUAAUGGCAGGUCAUGGCCACCCCAGGUAUUUUUACAAAGAAGAACUUGAAAUUGUUGCAAAAGCAGUUGCUGGGUUGAAGGACAGAUCCUAUCAGAUUAUUUUAGUUGGUGCUGCUAAAGGAGAACAUAGGGGAUUUAUUGAGAAAUUUCAUGAAUGUGGUGUACCCAAACAUCAGCUGAUCAUUCGAAGCCCUCCAAAAGAUGAAGAAGAAAUGAAAAGGUGGCUCUGUGAAGCAGACCUUGCCAUUGCGCCCUCAGGUGAACAAGGAUUUGGAAUGUUUGGUCUUAUAGCCUUGUCAUCUGGCCUCCCUAUCCUGGUACAUGGUGCAUCAGGACUUGGUGAAGCCUUGACAGAUGUCCCUGGUGGUUUGUCAUCCAUUGUGGAGUCAGAGGAUGUCACUGUGUGGUCCAAGGCAAUUAAGAAGGUCAGGAACAAAGUUAGGGAAAGCACGGCUUGA